UCCGCACCGUCACCUCCCGCAGAUAUGUCACGUCGUCGCACGGCUCCACGGAGCCCGACCAGGAGGGCAACUAUGUCACGUCGAUGGUGACAGAGGGCGGCGCCGAGCCGAUGAGCACCACCUCGUACUCGUACUCGAGCGGCGCGCCCGACGGCUCGGAGACGGUGACGCGCGAGGUGCGCACGCGCUCCUACCGGAUCGAGGCGGGCGGCGCCGCCAGCGCGCUGCUCGAGUCGGCCGGCGUCACGCAUCCGGAGACCGGCGAGACGCUGACGCUGGGCGAGGCGGCGGAGCGGCGCCUCUUCGAGCCGCGCGGCGGCUGCUUCUUGCACCCGUCGACCGGCGCGCGCCACUCGGUCGACGAGGCGGUCGGCAUGGGUCUGCUGGACCCGGCGCUGCGACAGCUGAUGCACCAGCAGUCGGGCGUGUUCGACGGCCGCUCGGACCGGCCGCUCACGCUGCUGGAGGCCAUGAUGGACGGCCUGAUGGACCCGCAGCUGAGCGCGUUCGUGGGGCCGAGCGGCGCGCGCGGCGAGCGGCCGCGGCAGGUAAGUGACGCGCCGCGCAGGCCGACCCUGCUGGAGGCGGUGAUCGCCGGUCAGGUGGACACGACGACCGGUGAGGUUACCGACACCGAGUCGGGCCGCCGCUACCCACUGCCGGAGGCGUUCGAGCGUGGCCUGCUCUCGCUGGCGCACGACUACACACGCAUGUGCGGCGUCUCGCUGUCGGACGCCGUCCAGCAGGGUCUGGUCGACUACGUGUCCGGCAAGUUCGAGGACCGAAACAACGGCGAGCGCCUGCAGCUGCAGGAUGCCAUCAGCCGCGGCCUCAUCAACCCCAACAUCCACGAGGUGCUGAAUACGGAGACGGGCGUCAAGCUGACCGUCAAUGACGCCAUCAAGGAGGGCAUCAUCAAGCCGGAGCAAGGCCGCUUCAUCGACAAGAAGACGCGCAAGCGGAUGCUUCUAAUCGACGCGGUCAAGCAGUACAUGCUCGGGCGCCCGCUGACGCUAAAGGAUAUCCACGAUGGCGGCAGGAUGGAGACGUCUGGCACCAUCUACGACCUGGUGACGAAGGAGCGCGUGCCGCUGCUGGAGGCGGUGCGUCGCGGCAUCGUGGACACGCAGCUCAAGUGCGUGACGAACCUUUCGACGCGCGCUGCUGACGCUGCCGGAGGCCUUCGCCGAGAGCAUCAUCUGUGGCGAGGCAAGUUCCGCGACCCGCAGACGGACGACGUGUUCUCGCUGAACGAGGCGACCAUCUUCGACAUCGACGGCAUCAAGGACCCGGACACGGGCGACUACGUGAGGCUGAACGUGGCGCUGACCAAGGGCAUCGCGGUCACACAGCGCUACAUCCAGCCCCAGAUUAACGAGAUGCUGGCGCGACCGAUCGGCAUCCAUGAGGGCGGCCACGAGCUGACCGUCUUCCGGGCGGUGCUGCGCACGCGGCUGGACCCCCAGACGGGGCAGGUCACCGACCCGGAGACGCUGGAGCCCAUGCCGCUGGAGGAGGCGGGUGCACCGGCGCCACAUUACGCCCGAGGGUGCCUGCUGAAGAGCAUGCUGAACAUCACGGUCACCACGGCCACCGUCACCAAGACGAUCAAGCGCUACGUCACCGUGACGUCACAGGGCCAGGAGGGUCGCCCGACGCCGAUGUCGUUCGACGACGCCGUGCGACGCGGCUACAUCGACGAGACGCUCAACAUCUUCAUCGUGCCGUCGAGUGGGCAGAAGGUGCCGCUGGACGAGGCGGUGCGGGAGGGUCUGCUGGAGGAGGUGCCGACUGACUACGAGCCGGGCCGGCCGUACGCGCCGCGCUCGACCACCUCGACCACCACGCGUACCUACGAGGCCGAGCCGGAGACGACGACCAAGAUCUACAAGCGCGUGGCGCGCCGGCCCAGGGAGGAAGUGGAGGAGACGCAGACGGUGACGGUGCGCAAGUAUGUGAUGAAGCGCACGGUGCGCCGACGCAAGCAGACGGGCCACCCGGACCACCCGACCGUCGAGGAGGAGGAGGAGGAGGAGACGACCACUGUGCUCGAGAUGCCCGAGGACGGCUGGUACCUCGACGAGGUCAUCCGAAUGAAGUACUAUGACCCACGGCGCUGCAUCUUCGCUUUCCCCGAGGCGGACCGCGUGAUUCCGUUCGAGGAGUGCUUGACGCUGCGCAUCAUCGACCGCAAGUCAGCGCAAGUGGAAGACCCCGAUACCAAGAAGCCGCUGGACAUCGAGGAGGCGCUGAACAAGGGAGUGCUUGACCACCAGGGUCGCUACAUAGUACGUGGCAAGCAGUACACCAUGGAGGAGGCGAUCGAGAGAAAGUACGUGCGCACGGAGAUAAUCGAGAUCGUCGGCGAACCCGACCGCAUUCGCGUGUACGAGCCGGAACAGCCGGGGAAGCCCCGCAAGUACUACGAGAUCGACGACGAGGAGCCGGAGGCGCCGCGGCGUAGGCCUCGCCCGGGCGAGCAGACUCCGCGCAAGAAGAAGCCGGAGCCAAAGGAGGACCCGGAGCCGCGCCGGCGCGUGGAGCCGAUGGACGAGGAGCCCGAGUUCAAGUCCGUCCGGACGCAGGUGAGCUCGGCGAAGCACCCGCUGGAGCGCGAGAAGAGCCCGGACAAGAAGCGGCUGCGACCGGAGGACGACGAGGAGGAGCCGAUAGACACGAUCGAGGUCGAGAUGCCCGAGGACGGCUGGUAUCUGGACGAGGUGAUCCGCAAGAAUUACCUGGACCCAGUGUCGGGCACGUUCGUGUUCCCCGGCUCUGACCGCGUCAUCACCUUCGAGCAGUGCGUGACACUACGCAUCAUUGACAAGACCUCAGCAACGUUCCGGGAGCCCAAGAAGCCGCGCGCCCAGCCGCUGGACCUGGAGGAGGCGCUGGAGAAGGGCACGCUGGACUCGUGGGGGCGCAUGCUGGAUGGCGACCGUCGCAUCCCGCUGCAGGAAAUCAUCGAGCGCGGCAUCCUCAAGAUCGAGAAGACGACGCGCACCGUGGUGCACCGCACGCGCGUGAUCGAGAUCCGACGCAUCAUCGACCAGACAGACGUGAUCCGCAUCUAUAAGCCACGCCAGCCAGGCCAGCCGCGCAGCUACACGGAGAUCGUGUUCGACGCGCCGACCGAGGACGAGCCUGCCGACGACGAGCCGCGCUACCACACCGAGUUCACCACACAACGACGCCGCUACGUCACGAAGACGCCCCAGUUCACUACACGCGCGCUAUGCUCACCAAGGAGACCGUCAAAGGGAAGGCCGGGCCGUCCAGGUGACGAGUCUCCCGACGAAGACCGUCCCGAAAGUCCUGACCGUCACAUUGUCCGGACAACAAAGACGACGGUCACUUCACGGUACACAUCUCAGUUCCCGGACGAGCCUGAAGAUGACGAACCGAGACGGCCGGGCGACAAGAGACCCAGUCGCCCCGGAGAUGACCGACCUGGACGGCCUGAAGACGACCAGCCGAAACGACCCCGAGAGGAUCAGCCACGUCGUCCCGGGGACGACAAACCAGGUCGUCCCAGUGAUAAAAAACCAAGUCGUCCGAGUGACCAAAAGCCAGGUCGACCGGAUGACGACAAACCCGGUCGUCCUGGAGAUGGCAAGCCCCGACGUCCCGGUGAAGAAUCCCCUGAAGAUGGUUCUCCGCGGAGACCGUCCAAGGGAAGGCCUGGCCGUCCUGGGGACGAGUCUCCUGACAGAGACCGUCCUGAAAGCCCUGACCGGUACACUGUCCAGAAAACGACGACAACAGUUACCUCGCGGUAUACAUCUCAAUUCCCUGACGAGCCUGAAGAUGACGAACCGAGACGCCCAGGAGACAAGAAACCGAGACGUCCCGGAGACGAUAAACCCGGUCGUCCUGGAGAUGGCAGACCUCGACGUCCUGGGGAUGACAAACCAAGCCGUCCUGGGGAUGACAAGCCGCGUCGUCCUGGAGAUGACAAACCUGGACGUCCUGGAGAUGACAAACCAGGCCGUCCUGGGGAUGAUAAGCCGCGUCGUCCUGGGGAUGACAAACCAGGCCGUCCUGGGGACGAUAAGCCGCGGCGUCCUGGGGAUGACAAGCCACGUCGUCCUGGGGAUGACAAACCAGGCCGUCCUGGUGAUGAUAAGCCGCGUCGUCCUGGUGAUGACAAGCCCAGGCGCCCUGGUGACAAAACCCCUGAAGAUGGCUCCCCGAGGAGACCGUCAAAAGGAAGACCCGAUCGUCCUGGGGACGAGUCUCCUGACAGGGACCGCCCUGAAAGCCCUGGCCGUUACACUGUCCAGACAACAAAGACAACAGUUACCUCGCGGUAUACAUCUCAAUUCCCUGACGAGCCUGAAGAUGACGAACCGAGACGUCCCGGAGACAAGAAACCGAGACGUCCCGGAGACGACAAACCCGAUCGUCCUGGAGAUGACAAACCUGGACGUCCUGGUGAUGACAAGCCACGUCGCCCUGGAGAUGACAAGCCUGGUCGUCCUGGUGAUGACAAGCCACGUCGCCUUGGAGAUGACAAGCCACGUCGCCCUGGAGAUGACAAACCUGGACGUCCUUGGGAUGACAAACCAGGCCGUCCUGGGGAUGAUAAGCCGCGUCGUCCUGGUGAUGAUAAGCCCAGGCGCCCUGGUGACAAAACCCCUGAUGAUGGCUCUCCGAGGAGACCGUCAAAGGGAAGGCCUGAUCGUCCUGGGGACGAGUCUCCCGACAGGGACCGUCCUGAAAGCCCUGACCGUUACACUGUCCAGACAACGAAGACAACAGUUACCUCGCGGUAUACAUCUCAAUUCCCUGACGAACCUGAAGAUGACGAACCGAGGCGCCCAGGCGACAAGAAACCGAGACGUCCCGGAGAUGAUAAACCCGGACACCCUGGAGAUGACAAACCUGGACGUCCUGCGGAUGACAAGCCAAGGCGUCCUGGCGAUGACAAGCCACGUCGUCCUGGUGACGACAAGCCCGGACGCCCUGGGGAUGACAGACCAGGUCGUCCUGGUGAUGAUAAGCCACGUCGUCCUGGAGAUGACAAACCUGGGCGUCCUGGGGAUGACAAGCCGCGGCGUCCUGGGGAUGACAAGCCACGUCGUCCUGGAGAUGACAAACCUGGACGUCCUGGGGAUGACAAGCCGCGUCGUCCUGGAGACGACAAGCCAGGCCGUCCUGGGGAUGACAAGCCUCGUCGUCCUGGUGAUGAUAAGCCAGGUCGUCCUGGAGAUGACAAACCUGGACGUCCUGGAGAUGAGAAGCCGCGGCGUCCUAGUGAUGAUAAGCCCAGGCGCCCUGGUGACAAAACCCCUGAGGAUGGCUCCCCGAGAAGACCGUCAAAGGGGAGACCUGAUCGUCCUGGGGACGAGUCUCCCGACAGGGACCGUCCUGAAAGCCCUGACCGCUACACUGUUCAGACAACAAAAACAACAGUUACCUCGCGGUAUACAUCUCAAUUCCCUGACGAGCCUGAAGAUGACGAACCGAGACGCCCAGGAGACAAGAAACCGAGACGUCCUGGAGACGACAAACCCGGUCGUCCUGGAGAUGACAAACCUGGACGUCCUGGUGAUGACAUACCAGGCCGUCCUGGGGAUGACAAGCCACGUCGUCCUGGUGAUGAUAAGCCAGGCCGUCCUGGAGAUGACAAACCGCGGCGCCCGGGUGAUGAUAAGCCCAGGCGCCCUGGUGAAAAAACCCCUGAAGACGGCUCCCCGAGAAGACCGUCAAAGGGAAGACCUGAUCGUCCUGGGGACGAGUCUCCCGACAGGGACCGUCCUGAAAGCCCUGAUCGCUACACUGUCC